CGCACUGCAUGUCAACUGAAUGCAGCUUUAUAACAACACAAUAAGCUUAAGCUCCUAUUGCCAGUCUUUGACAUUUGUGAACAAACGGAGGACACAAGUAACCGAGCACCAUGAAACGGGGAUCCAGCUCCACCAGGUCCAGGAGCAGCUCUUAUACCCGCGGAUACCGCACCCUGGCCCCGACCUCCCAGGUGGAUGAAACCCUGUUUGGGAGCCCAAAACAUAAAUCACCAGAGAAAGACAAACAUGGAAACCCAAACCCAAAGAAUCAGUCCAGGAAGACCCAAGGCGAGACUGUUCAAAUAGUCACCAAAGACCUCAUUCGCAAUCUCAGGAUCCCAUUAAAGGAUCCUUCAGGGGAUUCCACCAUUCUGCCUUCAGCCGAGUUUAAGCGGAUCACCUCAACGUCUCAAGCCCUCACCAAGGAGGGUAGGGAGGCCCUGAGGCAGGCUUAUCAGAAAAAGAAAGAUGAGGAAAUUAAAGCUGCAGAGGAAAGGAAGAAUCAAAUCUAUGAGGCAGAUCUCUCACGAAAGGAGAAUCCGGCACUGACGGAGCUGGAGCUAGAGGCCCGGGACCGAGCGCAGCGCUUGGUGGAGCGGGCCAACGCCUUAAGGAUGGAGGAAGAGGACGAGAUCAAAAAGCUCAACAAGCUGAUUCUGGCUGCUCAGUGUCAAGCCACACGUGACGCCCAGAUCGAUGAGAAGAAACAGAUCCAGGCGGAGCUGUCAGAGGAGGAGAAGCGUCUGGAUGCCAUGAUGGAGGUGGAGCGCCGCAAGGCCUUGGAGACGGGGGAGCAGAUUGAUGAGGAGCGCAAACAGAAGAGGAUCGGGGGAAUGCAGAACAUUUGCGACCAGAUCCGGCGACAUCUAAAUCAAAAGCAAAUGCAAGAAGUGAUGAAAGAGCAGGAGAAAGAGCAGACACGAGAGAAACUGGAGAAAAUGAACCUGGAAGACCUCAAGGUCAUUGAGAAGAAGAAGGAGGAGCAGCAGCGUCUGCAGGAGGAGAUCAUGCGCAUCAACACUGAGACCAUGAAGGCCAAGGAGCAGAGGAGAGAGGAGGAGAAGCUGGCUGACAUGAGAAAUAUGGAAUACAUGCGAAACAAAAUGGGGCGAGAUGCGGAAUACGAGGUAGAGCAGAGGCGUAUCAAGAAGGAGAAGGAGUUGGAGAUUGCCAGGCUGAGGGCCCGGCAAGAAAAAGCAAAAGACUACAAGUCAGAGCAGGAUGAGCUCCGUGCAAAAAGGAACCAAGAAGCCACAGACAGAGAGUGGAGGAGGAAAGAGAAGGAGCUCCUUGCAAAGAAAGCGCAGGAGAAAGCCAUGCUGAGGGCGGCUCGAGCGGAGCAGGUUCACUGCAAAGAGCAGCUCCUGUCCAUCGAGGCCGGCCGCGAGAAGGCAGAGUUUGAGAGGGUGCUGAAGGCGCAACAGGAAGCAAUCAUCAAACUGAAGAAGGAAGAGGAGAAGCAUCAUCAGGAAGCACGCAAAAACGCGGACGCCAUCCGAAAUCAGGUGAAAGAACAUGUGAUCUCAGCCGUAGCCAAGCGCAGAGAGAUUUUCAAGGAGGCCAAUCAGUUCGUGGAGGAAGCCCGGCAGAGACGUGUUCGCCUCGACGAGAUCAAAGAGAAGAAGCUGAAGGAGCUCAAGGCUACGGGACUCUCUGAAAAAUACUGCAGUGAGGUGGAAAGGAAGGCUCGGGCCUGUGCACUCUGA